AUGAUCUGGCUUAAUCCUCCUCUGCUCCAUUCCUUAAAUGCACACUGGUGCAAGAGCACAGGCAAAAUGCAGACAACCGGGGGCCUGAGGUGGGCAAAGAGGGCCCUGCUGCUCUCCACCCUCUGGGCCACCGCACAGCUGCCUGCCCCCGGUGCCUCCCUGCCCCGGAGACUCCCAAGGGCCACAGAAAAUGCCUCCGAGUGUGUUCUUUCUCCAUCCUCGGAGUUUCCUGAAGGGUUUUUCACAAAACAGGAACAGGCAGAGGGAGGCAUCAUCAUCUACUUCCUGAUUAUCCUCUAUAUGUUCAUGGCUGUGUCGAUUGUCUGUGAUGAGUACUUCCUGCCGUCCCUGGAAAUCAUCAGUGAAGCCCUUGGAUUGUCUCAGGAUGUUGCGGGAGCAACUUUUAUGGCAGCAGGUAGUUCAGCUCCUGAAUUAGUUACCGCUUUCCUAGGUGUAUUUGUCACAAAGGGAGAUAUUGGCAUUAGUACAAUUCUUGGAUCUGCAAUUUAUAAUCUUCUUGGCAUAUGUGCAGCUUGUGGCUUGCUAUCGAACAUGGUUUCAACCCUAUCUUGUUGGCCUCUAUUCAGAGAUUGUGUGGCCUAUGCAGUUAGCGUAGCAGCAGUUCUUGGCAUAAUAUUUGACAACAAAGUUUACUGGUAUGAAGGAAUUUUACUGCUUCUGAUAUAUGCAUUAUAUGUUUUGGUUCUGUGUUUUGAUGUUAAAAUUAACCGAUGCAUUAUAAAGAAAUGUAGCCCAUGCUGUACCUGCCUUGUCAAAGCUAUGGAGGAAAGAAAUGAACAACAGCCACUAAUGGGAUGGGAAGAUGAUGAUCAACAAUUUGUACGCCGGCAAUCAAGAACUGAUAGUGGAAUAUUUCAUGAUGAUUCUGGCUACUCCCAGCUUUCUUUAAGUUUACAUGGUCUCAGUCAGGUUGCUGAAGAUCCACCAAGUGUUUUUAACAUGCCCGAAGCAGAUUUAAAAAGAAUUUUUUGGGUGCUAUCCCUUCCUAUUAUUACAUUACUUUUUCUAACCACACCAGAUUGCAGAAGAAAAUUCUGGAAGAACUAUUUUGUGAUAACAUUUUUUAUGUCUGCACUAUGGAUAUCUGCAUUUACAUACAUCCUAGUUUGGAUGGUCACAAUAACUGGGGAAACACUGGAAAUUCCAGAUACAGUAAUGGGCCUUACUUUAUUAGCAGCAGGAACAAGCAUACCAGACACAAUUGCAAGUGUGUUAGUUGCAAGAAAAGGUAAAGGAGAUAUGGCAAUGUCUAACAUUGUGGGAUCCAAUGUGUUUGAUAUGUUAUGCCUAGGUGUUCCUUGGUUUAUUAAAACUGCAUUUAUAAACACGUCAGCUCCUGUAGAAGUAAACAGCAGAGGACUCACUUAUAUAACCAUCUUUCUUAACAUUUCAAUUAUUUUUCUUUUGUUAGCAGUUCAUGUCAAUGGAUGGAAACUAGAUAGAAAAUUGGGAGUAGUAUGCUUAAUAUUAUACCUAGGACUUGCUACACUAUCAGUUCUGUAUGAACUUGGUAUUAUUGGAAAUAAUAAAAUACAGGGCUGUGGAGGUUGAUGAUACCAAUAGCAUUAUGUGGAAAUGUGAAUAAUGGAGAGGGGGUAUAAGGG